AUGAAGACCGCCUUUGCUGUUGGCCUCGGCCUCCUCUCCGCCACCCAGGCCCUUCCCUCGACCCGAGUCACAACCCGGGCGACAGGGCCAUCCACCACGGAUGGCACCCGCUUCUCCAUCGACGGCGAGACAGGCUACUUUGCCGGCACCAACUCGUACUGGAUUGGCUUCUUGACCAACAACGCCGACAUCGAUACCACCCUUGACCACAUCUCGGAGUCAGGACUCAAGAUUCUACGCGUCUGGGGUUUCAACGAUGUCAACACCAAGCCCGGCACCGGCACCGUCUGGUAUCAACUCCUCUCGGCCUCCGGGUCCGAGAUCAACACCGGCGCUGACGGCCUCGAGCGGCUUGACUACGUCGUUCAGUCGGCCGAGCAGCGUGGCGUCAAGCUCAUCGUCAACUUUGUCAACAACUGGGACGACUACGGCGGUAUGAACGCUUACGUCAAGGCCUUUGGCGGCACCAAGGAAGGCUGGUACACCAACGCGAAUGCUCAGGCCCAGUAUAAAAAGUACAUCGAGGCUGUUGUCUCCCGCUAUGCCUCGUCCGACGCCAUCUUCGCCUGGGAGCUGGCCAACGAAGCCCGCUGCAACGGAUGCGACACCGACAUCAUCUACCAGUGGGCCACCGACACCUCGGCUUACAUUCGCAGCUUGGAUGCCACGCACAUGAUCACCCUGGGUGAUGAGGGCUUUGGUCUGCCGGGUGAUACCUCCUACCCGUAUACAUACGGUGAGGGUGUUGACUUCGUCAAGAAUUUAGGCAUCAAGGAUCUUGACUUUGGAACCUUCCACCUGUACCCCGACAGCUGGGGUGUCCCGACUUCGUUUGGCGAUGGCUGGAUCUCAAACCACGCGGCAGCGUGCAAGGCCGCCGGCAAGCCAUGCCUUCUCGAGGAGUAUGGCUCCAACGCCAGCUGCGACAUCCAGGCGCCCUGGCAAAAGACCUCACUCUCGCUCGCCGCUGACGGCAUGUCGGCGGACCUGUUCUGGCAGUGGGGUGACAACCUCAGCAAUGGCCAAACGUCGAACGACGGCAACACUAUCUACUAUGGUUCGGAUUUGGCUACCUGCUUGAUCACCAACCACGUUGCGGAUAUCAAAGCCGCUGCUUCGUCGUGA